GAGCGAGCGAGUGAGAUGCGGCCAGUGGGGGGCGGGGCGGGGCGGGGCGUGGGGCUGCAGGAGCACGUGGGGUUGGGUGGCUCGAGGAAGGGGGCAGUGCCCAGGAUGCUGGAGGAGCCACAGGCGGCAGGUGAGGAUGGAAGCCCCCUGGGGGCUGGGCAGGCGGCAGGCGAGGAUGGAAGCCCCCUGAGUCCCGGGCAGGCUGCAGGUGAAGAUGGAAGCCUCCCGGGGACCAGGCAGGAGGCAGGCGAGGAUGGAAGGCCCCUGAGUCCCGGGCAGGCUGCAGGUGAAGAUGGAAGCCUCCCGGGGACCAGGCAGGAGGCAGGCGAGGAUGGAAGCCCCCUGAGUCCCGGGCAGGCUGCAGGUGAAGAUGGAAGCUUCCCGGGGACCGGGCAGGCGGCAGGCGAGGAUGGAAGCCUCCUGGGGACCGGGCAGGAGGCAGGCGAGGACGGGAGCCCCCCAUCUGGUGCCCCUAACCCCCCCCAGGGUAAGAAGAUUGUGCCGGGCAUCAUCUACCUAGGGUACAUCCCGCCUGGCUUCCGGCCCCGGCAUGCCCGAAACCUGCUCAGCGUCUAUGGGGAGGUCGGGCGCAUCUUCCUGCAGCCUGAGGAGCGGUUCAUCCAGAAGCGGAAGAAGAAGGCUGGCGCCAGGGGCACGUACUACGUGGAGGGCUGGGUGGAGUUCAGGGACAAGCGCAUAGCGAAGCUCGUGGCCGCCAGUCUGCACCACACGCCCAUGAGCACCCGCCGGCGCAGCCGCUUCCGCUACGACCUGUGGAACAUGAAGUACCUGCACCGGUUCAAAUGGCCACAGCUGAACGAGCGCCUGGCCUACGAGCAGCAGGUCCGGCAGCAGCGCCUGCGGGUCGAGAUCUCUCAGGCCAAGCGCGAGACCAACUUCUACCUGCACAGCGUGGAGACCAGCCAGCGCUUCGCCCGCCGGGCCGCCGCCACCCCCACCCACACCCCUGCCGAGGAGAAGAGCUGGGGCUUCGUCCAGCGCCUCACGGAGGAGGAGAUCCAGCAGUGCAAGGCGGGCGCGGGCGGGCACCAGCUCCCUGGGCAGCUGGCCAAGGCCCAGGAGAUCCAGUUAAAAUCCCAGACCCGCCGCUCCUUGCUGGCCAAGAUCUUCAACACCACGGCUGCUGCCUCGGAGGAGGCACUGGGGGGCCCGGUUCUGUAGUGAGAACCUCCGGCGCUUGGGGGUGCCCUGCUGUGGUGGAGUGGGCAGGGGCGCUCUCCCCUGGCAGUCAGGGCUGGACACUGGGGGACACCGUGCUUUGGGGAGUGGGCAGAGGGCACUCUCCCCUGGCAGUCAAGGCUGGAUACUGGGGGGCUCCAUGCUGUAGGAAAUGGAGUUGGGGGGCUUUUGGGUUCUCUUCUGUUUCUGGGAGGGGAGUGGAGUCCAGUGGGUUAGAGGAGGGGGGGCUGGGAACCAGGACUCCUGGGUU